CGCCAUUAUAGGCGUCUGCUGCUUAUUUUAUUUCCCUCCCCUGGAAAGAUGAAAAUGCGGGAUGAGAUGGUGGCCCGCAGAAAUCCCGCAGGAAAAGCGAAAUGGAUCGAAUUGAUAAAGAGACACGUGCGAAGAGAAAGAAAAGCCCCGGGGACCGUGGGGUAGGUGGGAGGUCGAGCAGGGUGAAAUCACGGUGGCGGGGGGUGAGACGCUCUCUAGGUCUGCACGCUCCAACCCUCAGUAACGCGGCAACCUCUGUCGAGUUCAGUUCCGCGUGUCCUCCCUCUUCCAUAUUCGAAUCGUGCCCUCUCGUGCCCCGUCGCCUUACCUCGUGUCCCCCCGUCGAGAUCCGAUUUCGCUCGUGAAAUCGUCCGCAUCGAACGAAGAAAGAAAAGGGUGGAAGGAAAGAGUGGCCACAGAGGAGAGAGCGGCGUGACGAUACUUGCUCGCACCGUUGCGAUCAACAGGUUAAUUCUUCCCAGCCGAAAAUCGAAACUAACGGCGCUUCCAAAGGGUGAUCUUUAACCUGGCCAUCCAUGGAUAAAAUUCCCAAGGACCCCCUCGUCCAGGAGGCCUCUUUUCCAUAGAACGCGUCAUUCCCUAAUAGCAGUGCGUGAAAAGCGCGAGAAAACCGUGAAAGGAGGGAGGGAAGGUUGGACGCGGAGAUGAGAAUUCGAUCCGCUCCGGAAGAUUGGCGCGUUGCUCGGAGGAAACUCGUGGCACAACAAAGAGUCACCGGCGUUUCAUCGUGCGCGAGGCUUGCUGCAUUCUCUCGCUAGAUUAAAAGGAAAGAAAACUAAAAAAAGCAGGAGGAGAAGACAAAGAAGAAAAAAGGAAGGAGAAUCGAGAAGAAAAGGGAGAGCAAGAAGGAACAUCCAUUAUCCCCUGGCGCGGUAAGAAGAUGGCCACGAACAGUCCGGGACAAUCGAUACACGUGAAAUCGCCUCGUAGUCCUCGGCAGCUACCGCAAUUACCGCAAAUCCCGAUCGGCGGGCAGAGAAGCCCCACGCAGUUGUCGGUGAGCAAGUCGCCUGGCACGCCGCUGGUCUUCGAGUUCCCGCCCGAGUAUUAUCCGGAGACGCCCAACACGAAUUUCGACUUCGAGGAGUUUGGGCGAGGGCUGAACGAGGCCGAGGCGAGGGCGCAGAGGAGCCCCGGCUACUACCCGCGUCAAGGGUGCAGGAGUCCCAAGAGUCCUAACCCGGACCACGCGCACUCCUCGCCCGGUCGAAAGUCGCCGAUAUUUCAGUUCGUUCCCGAGACCCGUAAGAAUCUCGGGAAGACGAUGAGCUAUCCGCCGAGAAGCCCCGCCUGCGGUACACCCGCGAUCCCGAUAAGAUCGCCCAGCUCCGCGGGUUUCGCCUCGAAGAAGCCUUUCGAGGGCCACCGUAGGAACACUUGUUUCGGGUUAAACGGAUCGAAGAGGGAUGGUAUGUCGGCGACGAUGGCCGCGUCUAUAGGCCACGGAUCGUCUAGCCCGAAGCACGAGCGCGAAAAAACUAUGGGCGUGGAGCAACGAGAGGGGAGCACCGCGAGUUACAAGAACGGAUCGAGGCCAGCUUCGGUGGAGGGAGGGGGCUCGUCGAGGGAGAGAGGCGAUAGUCCGAGCGGGAAGAGGGGCGGUGGGAAGAGGAGCAGUCAUUUUAAUCGCAGUCAAGGGUGUUUGAACGAGGCUGAGAAUAGUCGGAGCGAGAGCCAAGAGGACGUUUACGGGAAGAAUGGAAGAAAUAUCUCGAGGAGGUCGACCAGCGACUUGACCGAUAUGGGGGACGCCGACACGGAAGUCACUCUGUUGUCCAGCCCCAGAAGAAGAGGAUCCAUGAAGGGUGGCCUCGCCUAUCUCGCGUCCAGACGUGGCUCCCGCGACAGCCAGUGCUCCAAUUUGUCGAACGUCAGCAACGAGAGCGUGGGCCCAUUGAAUUUCACAGCGCACCCUCGUGCCAGGCAGCGGAGAACUUCUAAUUUCUUGGAAUUACCCGUGCCGGAUCACAUCAGGCCACGAGUGCACAGCCUGCCGGAGAAAGCGUACAAUCCGAGAGCGGGGGAGGAUCUGUACAGAUUGCGGGCAUUCAGCAUCACCCAUAAAGGCGUCGUUAAUCGUGGAGAUUCGAUUAUCUCGAGGCGCAGCAGAAGCAACACCUCGGUCAACAGUAGCAGAAAUAGCAACGUCUCGGGUGAAAGAUCGCCGUUCGAGGGUUCCUGUUGCAGCGGGCAAGGCGUCGGCGCGGAUAGCACGGAGAGCGAAGAAAUGGAGGAGGUGUCCAAAUAUCGGGUGGUACUUCUCGGUGAUUCCGGAGUCGGGAAAACAGCCCUCGUCUCCCAAUUCAUGACCAGCGAGUACAUAAACACGUAUGACGCCAGUUUAGAUGACGAGUUCGGCGAGAAGACGGUGUCAAUUUUGUUGGACGGCGAGGAGUCAGAAAUGGUGUUUAUCGAUCAUCCGCACGUGGAGAUGAGCGUCGAGAAUUCUUUGUCCACCUACGAGCCGCACGCCUGCAUCGUUGUGUAUUCUACCGUGUCUCGAACGAGUUUCCAGGUCGCCGAGGAGAUUUUAAACUAUCUGUGGAGGGAGCAUUACACGCAAGAACGAUCCGUGAUCGUGGUCGGCAACAAAUCAGACCUUGCGAGAAGUCGAACGAUCACGGCCAACGAGGGUAAGCAGUUGGCGGCAUCGAGGGAGUGCAAAUUCAUCGAGACGUCCAGCGGUAUCCAGCACAAUGUGGACGAGCUUCUGGUAGGCGUGCUCAAGCAGAUCCGGCUUCGGGAGAAUCGUGACAAGAAGCUGAAACGGCAGGGUAGCAAGAGGAGGAUACUGUCGAAGCUGCACGGUAGUAAGACGGCGCUCAGCCUGAAUCUCGCCAGGGAGAUAUUGAACAAGAUGUGCUUGAACGACAGCAAGAGCAAAAGCUGCGAGAAUCUGCACGUGUUGUAAGGGAGAGAUAAUGGCGAUUAAAUCGAUCGAUAUUUCAAUUCGUUUCCUAAUGGAUCGCGCGAAUGGAAGGGCAGAGGCGGAGAUCGAAGGGAAAAAACUUUGGUGGCGGAACGUUUUUAGCCGAUGAAAAAUCGGUAAUUUCGUUGUUGAAAAAACUGUGCUGUGGCGAAGUAUCGAUCAACGAAACAUCGACAUUACAUUAAUGGAAAAGUUGCAUCAUCGAGAUCGGGAUUUCGGGGUUUAAGAGGAUUUUAUUAAAAUCGUUCGAGCUAAUGGAUGUAGCGAGAUGGCGGAGUUUGAAUCGAAGCGUGUACACAGAAAAUCGGGUUUUUCCGCGGAUAUCGAUUUCCAGCCGCGUUUUUACUCUCAUAACGAAUUCAGGAGCCUAUGCGUGCCACGUCCAGAUCCACGCGCAAACAAGAAAACUUUCACCAAUCCCUCUCUGAUCGAAUAAUAUUUGCUUGGCUCCGGAAUGGUGCCAACCGAGUGGAUAACUCGUUUCUAAAAUUGAAGAAAAUCGGCGAUUGUUUCUAGCCGAAUUUUCAACGAUCGAUAUUUCUCGAUAGUAAUAAUUAUUUAUCGAAUUUAUCGAAUUUUUAAUCUUUUGAUCGCGUUGAACUCUGCAACAUUGGAGUUCAAAGAAUGUUAGAUAAUAUAAACGACGAAUGAUUUGACGAAAAAUCGGGAGAAAAUAAUAAUCGUCUUAAGAAUCUUUCUGAUAAGGAUCGAUUAGAAAGAGUUCUUCAUUCGUUUCGCAAAUUUUUAUCAAAUUAGAAUCGAAGACGAAUGGGACGAGAAAUUAAUCGUGGAAGCAGAAAUAAAUUUGGCGCGUUCCGCGCGCGAUUCGAUUAUUUAUUAGGACUUAAUGAGUAACACGUGUCCUCGUAUCUCGUGUUGCAACCGGUUCUUCUGUUGUGACGCUGCCUUUAUAUACUGGGUGAUUCCUCGCGAAAACGAUCGAUACGCUUGUUCCACAAGUUGGGGGGAAAAGUACCGAAGCACGGUAUUUUAUGGGCUGGAAGGUGUUAAAAGAACUUCAAGGUUUAUUACUUACACUUUCUUUCUAUGUCUUUCGGAAUAACUUAUCGAUCGCAAUCUUUCCUUUUCGUUUCUAAUUAAAAAACACACACACACACACAUACACGAAUAUGUACAUUUAUUAUUUUCUCGAAAUUCAAAUUUCAAAGAAAUAUUUCGCGUAUUAAUUUCGCGUUGAUAAAAUUUGCACGGAUGUGAUGUAUUCAAGGUGAUUCGUAAAACGUCAAUACGAUCGCGUUUUCCGUUUCACAUUGUGGAGAUUUGUGGAGAAUUCCUGCGCGGAAAUGAAGAGAGAAAGAAUGAAUUUUCCGAUAAUUGCGGUUACGCAGUUCUCGAUUAAACGAUUUCUAUUAACGGAGAUAAAAACGGGCGGAUCGUAGUCUGCUUUCGAAACAAAUUGAUUCGCGUCAAAGCGAAACUUAUCCACGGAAUCGUCUGGCUCGAUUUUCAAAGCGAUUACGUUUGCCAAGAGAUCGAGACUUUACCGUGAUCUCCGUGAUCCAUGAUUAAUUAAAUUAGCUGGGUAAAUGGAAAAAAAGAAAAAAACACUCUUACGUAGAUGUCGGUUUCUGAUUGAAAUAUUGAAAUUUCGCUUUGAGAAGAGAAUCGAAGCAUCUAGUUCAUCUCGCUGGACGCUGGUUUCGUCCAAUUCGAGCGACGCUGGACGUCCAAAACGUUUCUUAUUAUUAUACGACAUUAUGUAUAGAUAUAUUAAGGUAAUAUUGAUAGUUAAACGAUUAUAUAUAUGGAAUAAGUUGUUUUCCAAGAAUUCCUGUAUCAUUCUGGAAGUCUUGACUCGAGAAUUCUUGUAAUUUUCCGCGAUUAAAAAUAGAGGGCAGCUUUGAUUAAAAAUAAAUUUAGCGGGUGAUCCAUCUUCGAUGUAUUUUUAAUUUGUCUUCCACAAUCGAGGAAGACGCGCAUUCGAUUUCCGUUCCGUUCCCCUCCCACGAAACAAAGAUGGUUUGGCCGCGAAAACUGGUGUCACGUGUUUAGAAAAAUAUCGAUAGGAUCGUCGAAACGAAAAAGAAAAAGAAAAAAAAAAAGAAAAAAAAAAAGAAAAAUUUCAAUCGAGUAGGGACGGCCUAAAAACGUACAAGACGGAUGGAGAAGUUUCCUUCCGUCGGUAUAUGUGCAUGUAAACUUACUGUAUCAUUGUUAUUAAUGUUAUUAUUUUGAUAAAAGGCCAGCUGAUUAUCGAUAACGAUCGAAAAUUGCAACAAUUUUCGCAAUAAUGUAUUACAAAUAUUCGUAAGUUAGAUAAGCGCUUCACAUAUCGAUCAGCGGCUUGUAUAUGGUAGAAACAAUCGAUUACUCAUAUUUAAUCGUAGACAUUUGCGCGCCAUCGUUGUCACGCUCUAUCCCUUCCUCCUCAUAGAGUAUCGGUUCGUAAAUAAGAGUUUGUAAACGAUUAAAAUAUUUUCUGAAUCAUAGGUAUGCGUUGACUCGAUUACGAUUUAUUAUACGGAUAUCGUUAAUCGUGGAUAUCUCACAGUUAUAUGAAUAUCUAUGAAUGAAAGGCUGGUCUAUUUUUAUAUAUACGUAAUCUCGUCCGAUACUUUUUAUUACGGUCUAUCAUUCACACACGAUCGAUGUUUUUUCUACUCUGAAUGAACGAUUCCACGUAUGCGAGAAAAUCGUGCAGGGAACGAAUCUAUUUCGCUCUCUUUUCUCCUAUCUUUUUCUUCUUCUUUUUUUUUUUUUUUUGGAGAGAUUAAAUUUUCGAUGUUUGCGAACGAAAUUACCGUUUAUCGAAAUUUAUUAUAUAUCUUAAUUGUUCCAACGUUUUCCGCGAUAAGUCCCUGCACGUUCACACGACAAUCAACAUAUUUUGUUAUCUAUCGUGAUGUACUUCUAUACUUGUCGUAGAACUUAUAUCUUAGAUGUUUAUGUCGAAAUAUAAAGCAAUAUACAUAA